GGGUUUGGGGGGGGUCCUGGACCAAAACCCGGCAAAGUUUGUGCCUCGAGUUAAAACUUGGACCGCAGCUCUUCGUGGUUUUUUUUUUCUCUCUCUAUUUACGGGCUCGCACUUUCGCCCGCGCGGUCAGUUCGCCUCGCGGCCGAUUUAUUCUGCGCCCGCCACUUCGAGACGUCUGGCAGACGUGAGGUCGCGCCGUGUCGAAUGCAAGGAUUGUUGUUGUUGUUACUACUCUUGCAGUCAUGCUUAAACAUCAGGACUACAUACAGUAUCUUUCAGCUGAUCUCUGGAAAGGCAGUAGAGAUGGAGUAGUGAUGAUGGCCUAUGAAGGUGAAGCAGCAAAAACGUUCAAACAACACGGUGAAAACUGCUAUCAGAAGCUCUGAACAAAUGUAUGAUGACAAGAAGGAUAGUUAUGUGCAUUCAAAGGACAACCAUCUGGCUGAAGUUAUUCGAUCAAAACUCAUUCAAGAUUUUAAUCUGUUGGAUCAUUUACAAGGACUAGUCAUCAAUGAUCCCAAAUAUAACAUGGGUGAUAUUAAAGAUCCAAGAAUAUUGAAUCAGCUGAUGGUUGAAGAUCCUCUGCAGUUGGUGCGUUUUGAUUUUAAUCCAGUCAGAUUAACAAGUGACAUUCUAAAACAAAGAAAAAUAAAUCGUCUUCAGAACCGUUAUGUGAAGUAUCCACCACUCAACAUGUGCGCUCACUGGAUCUUACAGAGCUACAUUUUCAAGAACCUUAUUCUAUAUCUCAUUAUCAUUAACACAAUUGUAUUUGCCUUAGAAGCAGACGUCUCUGACAAAUCACAUCCAAAAUUCAGUGCCAUGAAGACAAUAUUGCAAGUCAUUGAUUGGAGCAUCUUUUCAUUUUUGCUGUCUGAAGUCAUACUCAGGUGGCUUGAUGAUUUCCCCAAGUUUUGGACAAAUCGGUGGAAUAUAUUUGACUUGUUCGUUUUACUUCUGUCUAUAGUACCAGACAUCAUCUUUAGAGCACAGGUGACGAUCGGGAUUAAUAUCUUUUUUUUAAAAGUUUUUCGAACCUUGAGGAUUUUCCGGUAUUUGAAGAAGAUGGAAAGAUGUCAUCAAGUGCGACUUAUAUUGUUGGCUAUUUCAAAAGCCUUUAAGGCAAUGACAUUUAUUUUGGUGUUGGUAUUGCUGUUUGCUUACGUUUUUGCAGUUGGUGGAGUGAAGCUUUUCAUUAGCUAUACAAAAUCUGAUGAUUCAACACUUAUGUAUCGUGAAGCAUUUAGUGGUAUCAUGAACGCAUUACAAACCCUCUUUCAGCUGUUUACAUUGGAUCACUGGUACGCACUUCUUAAUGAUGUGUGGCGAGUGAAAGAGGUGGACGCAUUUUCAACCGGUGUCUAUAUUAUUGUAUGGAUCCUGAUUGGCUCCUUCAUAUUCAGAAACAUUAUGGUAGGGAUAAUGGUGAGCAAUUUUCAGAGCAUAAGGGCUGAACUUUCAGUACAAAUUCAGCAAAUGGAAAUUCUAAAGAAAGCAGAUUAUUUUAAAGUACAGCUGAUCCAAAGAGAAAUACAAGGAGAUUCAGAUGUAAGUGCCACUGAACAAGAAAGUAUACCUCCCGGCACCUCACCUCAUCUAACUGAUAAUUCUCAUAUGAAAUCAAAUACAAAAUGGGAGAGUCAAGCUUAUAAAAAUAUACAGCUGCUUAAAUCUCAUCGGGGAUCUGAGAAGGUGACCUGGCCAAGAGAUUCCCUGUUCCGUUACUACGAACUUCUGGAACAACUUCAAUACAACUUGGAGGAGCGUAAUAAACUGCAAGACCUGGCUGCUCAAUGCUUACUGAACAUGCACGAUGUAUAAGAAGAUUUCAACAUCCAUUCAUUCAAACUAAAUA